AGAGGGGGUUGGCCAGUCCUCUCUAACGGGGACUGGGACGCACUGAAAAGAGCUCUGCCCUCAACCCGCAGCAAUCCCCCAGCCCGCUUCGGGCCGACUGGGCCACACCCGCGGAGGGCGGAGCCACACGCGCAAAUCUCGCGAGGCGCUGAGAAGGACAAAGGGAGCGAAAAUGGCUCCUCGCGGGCCAGGUAGUCCUUCGAACCUGGUGCCUUGGGCAGCUGCCGUGCUCCUUGUUGUGGGCGCGAAAAGGGCCCUGGCGCUACCCGAGAUAUGCAUCCAGUGUCCAGGGAGUGUGCGAAAUUUGUCAGAAGUGGCGCUUUAUUGUAAGCAGACACCGGAGCUAAUGCUGCAGGCCCGCUGCUGCCUGAAUCAGAAGGGCACCAUCCUGGGGCUGGAUCUCCAGAACUGUUCUCUGAAGGACCCUGGUCCAAACUUUCCUCAGGCACAUACUGCUGUCAUCAUAGACCUGCAAGCAAACCCCCUCAAGGAUGACUUGGCCACCAUUUUCCGUGGCUUUACCCAGCUCCAGACUCUGAUACUGCCACAAGAUGUCAGCUGUCCUGGAGGUAUUAAUGCCUGGAAUACUGUCACCUUUUAUAUGAACAACCAAACCUGUCAAGGACAAAGGAACCUUUGCAACAGCACGGGGGACCAAGAAACGUGUCCUGAGAAUGGAUCCUGUGUACCUGACGGUCCAGGUCUCUUGCAAUGUGUCUGUGCUGACGGCUUCCAUGGCUACAAGUGUAUGCGCCAGGGCUCCUUCUCCCUGCUUAUGUUCUUCGGUAUUCUGGGAUCCACCACAUUAUCCGUCUCCAUUCUGCUUUGGGGGACCCAACGCCGAAAAGCCAAGGCUUCAUGAACUGCAUAGGUCUUCCCACUGACUUAAAGAUUAUCUUGAUCUGCCUUAGCCCAGCCAGGGAGAUUUUCUACCUAGACAGGCAUGGUGGCCAGCAGAUCCUCCUCAAGGAUGAAGCCGCCAUUUGGCAGGAAGAUGGGAAGUUGCAUAGCUUUGGGGUGUUGUGGACACUGCAGUCCAGGAGUGGACAAGGACCGGUGCCCCAUUUGUGCUUGACUAUAAUAAACAUCUUUACUUGUC